AUGGUUCAAUCCGCUGUUCUUGGUUUCCCUCGCAUGGGAAGGCUCCGUGACCUCAAGAAGGCCACGGAAGCUUACUGGGGUGACAAGAUCUCUCGUGAUGAGCUUUUGGCUGAGGGAAAGAGACUUCGCCAGGAGCACUGGAAGAUCCAGAAGGAUGCUGGUGUCGACAUUAUCCCUAGCAAUGACUUCGCUUACUACGACCAAGUCCUUGACCACAUCCAGCUCUUCGGUGUUGUCCCUGAGCGUUACACCAAGUACAACCUCGACCCUCUCGAUGAAUACUUCGCCCUGGGCCGUGGUCUUCAGAAGCCUGCCAAGGAUGGCCAGGCCGCCAUUGAUGUCCCUUCUCUAGAGAUGGUGAAGUGGUUUGACUCCAACUACCACUACGUCAAGCCCACCCUCCAGGACAACCAGGUCUUCAAGCUUGCUUCCAACCCCAAGCCUGUUGCUGAGUUCCUUGAGGCUAAAGAGGCUGGUGUCAUCACCCGCCCUGUCAUCCUGGGUCCUGUUUCUUUCUUGACCCUCGCCAAGGCUGACCGUGGUCAAUCCGUUGACCCCAUCACCAAGAUUGAUGAACUUCUUCCCCUCUACGUUGAGCUCCUUGCCAAGCUGAAGGAAGCUGGUGUCGAGGAUGUUCAGAUUGACGAGCCUGUCCUUGUCUUUGACCUUGCUGCCAAGUCCAAGGCUGCUUUCAAGCCUGCUUACGAGAAGCUCGGCGCCCUCGGUUCCCAGGCUCCUCGCCUUGUCCUUGCCACCUACUUCGGUGACAUUGUUCACAACCUUGACGUUUUCCCCGCUCUUCAGAGCUUGUACGGUAUUCACGUCGAUCUGGUCCGCAACCCUGAGCAGCUUGACCAGGUUAUCAACGCUCUUGGCCCCAAGCAGGUCCUCUCUGCUGGUGUUGUUGACGGCCGUAACAUCUGGAAGACCAACUUCAAGGCCGCUAUUGAGAAGGUUGAGCUCGCUAUCCAGAAGCUUGGCAAGGAGCGCGUUAUUGUCUCCACCUCCAGUUCUCUCCUCCACGUCCCCCACACUCUCGCCAGCGAGAAGACUCUCGACGCUGAGGUUCGGGACUGGUUCAGCUUUGCUGUCGAGAAGACCGCUGAAGUUGUUGUGAUCGCAAAGGCUGUCACUGAGGGCCCUGCCGCUGUCCGUGAGCAGCUCGAAGCCAACGCCAAGUCUGUCCAGGCUCGUGCCUCCUCCAAGCGUACCAACGACCCUAAGGUCAAGGAACGCCAGGCUGCCGUCACCUCUGAGCAGCACGACCGCAAAUCUCCCUUCACUACCCGUCUUGCAGAGCAGACCAAGUCCAUUAAGCUUCCUCUUUUCCCUACCACCACCAUUGGAUCCUUCCCUCAGACCAAGGACAUCCGUAUCCAGCGUAACAAGUUCACCAAGGGUGAGAUCACUCCCGCCGAGUACGAGAAGUUCAUCGAGAAGGAAAUCUCCGAUGUUGUCAAGAUCCAGGAGGAGCUUGGCCUCGACGUCUUGGUUCACGGUGAGCCUGAGCGUAACGACAUGGUCCAGUACUUCGGUGAGCGUCUCACUGGUUACGUCUUCACCACCCACGCUUGGGUUCAGAGUUAUGGAUCCCGUUGCGUGCGUCCUCCCAUCAUUGUUGGUGACGUCUCUCGUCCCGCUCCCAUGACCGUCAAGGAGUCCAAGUAUGCCGUCUCGAUCGCCUCCAAGCCCAUGAAGGGUAUGCUUACUGGUCCCAUCACUUGUCUCCGUUGGUCCUUCCCUCGUGACGAUGUCCACCAGUCUGUGCAGGCUCAGCAGCUUGCUCUGGCUCUGCGUGACGAGGUUGUUGACCUCGAAGCCGCCGGUGUCAAGGUCAUCCAGGUCGACGAGCCUGCCCUCCGUGAGGGUCUUCCUCUCCGUGCUGGCAAGGAGCGCGAAGCUUACCUCAAGUGGGCCGUUGCCGCCUUCCGUUUGUCCACCGCUGGUGUCACCGACGGCACUCAGAUCCACUCUCACUUCUGUUACUCUGAGUUCCAGGACUUCUUCCACGCCAUCGCCGCUCUGGAUGCUGAUGUUCUGUCCAUCGAGAACAGCAAGUCUGACGCCAAGCUUCUCAAGGUCUUCAUCGAUGAGGCCUACCCCCGUCACAUUGGUCCUGGUGUCUACGACAUCCAUUCUCCCCGUGUUCCCAGCGAGCAGGAGAUCAAAGACCGUGUCGAGGAGAUGCUGCAGUACCUGCGCCCUGAGCAGCUCUGGAUCAACCCUGACUGUGGUCUGAAGACCCGUCAAUGGCCCGAGACCAAGGCUGCUCUCACCAACUUGGUUAACGCGGCCAAGUACUUCCGUGAGAAGUACAGCAAAUAA